AUGAGAUUUGGCUCAGACACUUGUUGGGUCUUGCCUUUCAAGCAAUUGCAACCGUCUAUGUGCUUCUUCAGUCUGAUCAAGUAUGUUGAGAGGACAUUAGCUUUGUACCUAGCGAGUCUUGACAAGUUCAAGGAUUCCAUGAUUCGGCAGCCUGAUCCUGGACCAAACUACGCGAAACUCGUGGAGGUAUACGCGGCUAAAAACGAUAUGAAUAUGCCUACACAGAUCAUCAUGAUUGACGACCCUGAGAUAGAUCCAAAAUCUGGUGAUGAGGUAAGGUCUGAGAUCUUCACUCAACUCAAUAUUCUACAGUUCGCGUACAAGUAUUUCAACAUCUUCAAAGGUCUUGUGGUUGAUCUCAUCUUUACAUUUCAACAACGAGCCGAGAGCAAGAGAUUCUUUAGCUCACUGGAAGCAAAUGAAGCUCUACAAAUAUUAGAGGUUGAGCUCAACUUCAUCUAUGAAGCUCUGUUCACAAAAGCAGAGAUUUUGCAUAACUGGAUAGGAGUCAUCUUCAGGUUCAUUGCCCUUGGAUGUCUUAUAGCAGCCCUCCACAUCUUCCAAUAUAAGAACAAGGACCAAUAUGGUGGAUUUGACGUCUCUCUUACUUACGCAUUGCUUAUAGGUGGAGUAGCUCUUGAUUCCAUUGCUCUUAUCAUGUUCUGUCUAUCUGACUGGACUUUGGUCAGAUUGAGGAAGAUGAAGGACGAUGUGGACGAUCUACACAAAAACUGGUUCGACGACAUACUUAACCGGAUCCUCCGUUACAGGGAAAUGAAGACAGUGGAGUACAGAUGCGCCAGGAGUUCCGAAUAUGAGGGUGAAUAUAAACCGGGUGCGUGUCAUCAACUGCUGGACACGAAAUUCAUAGUUCGCAGGUGGUCUGAGUACGUACAUGCACAUAACCUGAUGGAAUACUGCCUAAAGAUAAGGCCGAAGCCAAUCCACUAUAACGAGGAGGUUAAAAACAAAUCACGGUUUGCUGAUGACUCGGAAAGUGCCCUGAGAGUAUCUUCAGAUAGAGGUGAGUGGACUCUGCGCGACAUAGAAGGUGGCAACGAAAAGGAGAAACAGCGUGAGAAACUUCUACGGUAUGUGAUGGAAAUGGAUUAUGAUCAAAGCCUUCUUGUGUGGCAUAUUGCCACUGAGCUCUUAUACCAAACAGAAACAGAGUCUAAAGAGAAUCAUAGCAGCCGUGAGUUCAGUAAAAUCCUUUCAGACUACAUGCUAUACCUCCUAAUGAUGCAACCCACUCUGAUGUCAACUGUUGCGGGUAUUGGAAAGAUAAGAUUCAGGGAUACGUGCGAGGAGGCUGAGAGGUUCAUCGAAAAGAAGCAAAUCCAGACCAGAGACCGGUGGUGGAUCGAUAAUACAAAGAAAAUCAGCGAGGCAAUUUUAUCUGUGAUGGCUCCUGCAAAGGCUGAACCUAUCGAUGUGAAAGGUGAUAGAAGCAAGUCAGUGCUGUUUGAUGGGGGCAUGCUUGCAAAGGAGCUUAAGGGCUUAAAGAAGGACGGCAAAGACACAUAUAUGUGGGAAGUAAAGAGCAAAGUGUGGGUUGAGUUGCUUUCUUAUGCAGCAACAAAGUGUAGCGCUAAAGAACACGCAGCUCAGCUAAGCAAAGGUGGAGAGCUCAUCUGCUUUGUUUGGCUAUUGAUGGCUCAUUUAGGACUUGGAGACCAAUUCCAGAUCAAUCAAGGAGACGCCAGAGCCAAACUGAUAGUAGGCAAGUGA